AUGUUCCAGUUCCUUGCCUCGGCCAUUUUGUGCUGUGUCUCCCUCUGCCUCCUCCUGUGGUGGAUUUGGGUGCUGCUCACAUUCUGCGUGGUCAUGACUCUCCUUGGCCUGGGCACGGUGCUGGUCCUAAUUAUGAACCCGCCGCUCUUUCUCGUGUUCCUUGCCGUCGGCUUUGUGAUCAACUACCGUUAUCCGUCUUUGUUUAUGGACAAUGAGCAGACAGCGGACGUCUUCCACAGCGACGAGUGUGACUGUUGCAACAUGUAA